UGCUAGAUAAAGUGGUGGGGCGGGGAGGGGGCGGUCGGCACGCAGUGAUUGGAAAAUAUCGAAGACGCGCACGCGCUAAUCCGAUGAUGGGUCUCAGUUACCGGGGGGAGGGAGGGGUCUGUUUAAAAAAAAAAAAAAAAAAAAAAAAAAAGAGAAAAAAAGGAGUAGGACCAGGGCGGGAGCAUCUUGCGCUCGCGCGCCGCGUCCCUUCCUCCCGAGCCUUUUGUGUUUGAAACUCUCAUAUCUCAACAUAUCAAUAAUUCAAGCGCGCGCGAGAGAGAGCAGACGGAGCUCCCCCCCGCGCGCUAUGAGUUCUGCUGCCUCGUCACUCGUCCAGGGCCCCUCCGCACCGCGCGCGACUCCCGCUUAUUGUGUUUCCAAGUGACAGAAAAGCUGCUGAGAAGUGAGAAAAGAGGAAAAGAACAGGUUUAAACUGGCGACUCGACCGGAGAUACGGGGGCAAUAAACUGAUUUUCAGGAAAAAAAGGAGAGAAGCCUAAAAAUAAACCGUCUGGUUUCCCUUCCGCGAGGGAGAAACUGUUCGCAGUAGGCUAAUUAAAUCCAAGAAAAACGGAGUGGCAGAGUUGUAAAACAGGUUCAUCUGGGGCACGACGGGAAACUCUUCCUACCUUACUUUUCUGGGGAAUAGACCCGCGGGUUAAGGUGUGAAGACGACCGAAGAAGUUCAUCGUUCUGGUCCGGUAUGUUGGCGUUUUGCCUGCUGAGUGCCGUGUGGCUCGCGGCGAGCCCGGCCCGCGCUCAGAACGAGACGGAACCAAUCGUCCUGGAGGGGAAGUGCCUCGUGGUGUGCGACUCCAACCCGACCGCGGACCCCACAGGCACGGCGCUCGGGAUCUCGGUGCGCUCGGGCAGCGCCAAGGUGGCGUUCUCCGCAGUCCGGAACACCAACCAUGAACCCUCCGAGAUGAGCAACCGGACCAUGGUCAUCUACUUCGACCGGGUUCUAGUAAACGUUGGGAGGAAUUUUGACGAGGAAAGAAGUAAUUUCAUCGCGCCGCGCAAAGGGAUUUACAGUUUUAACUUCCACGUAGUGAAAGUCUACAACCGCCAAACUAUACAGGUGAGCCUGAUGCACAACGGCUGGCCGGUGAUUUCAGCGUUUGCUGGCGACCAGGAUGUGACGCGUGAGGCGGCCAGUAAUGGGGUUCUGAUCCAGAUGGAGAAGGGAGACCGGGCCUACCUCAAACUGGAGAGAGGAAACCUAAUGGGAGGAUGGAAAUACUCCACCUUCUCUGGCUUCCUGGUGUUCCCCAUGUAGAGAAAGAGCGAGAGGAAGAGGAAGAGCGGGGGUGGAAACAAAGGAGGAGGAGGAACUGGUGGAAGAUGGAAAGUGUGAUGAUGACGAUAGGGGAAAAGGCAGUCGGAGGAAGAAGAGGGGUGUGGGAAAGAGAAAAGAACGCGGAUAAGAUGGUGGAAAAGAAGAAAAAGAAGAGGGAACGUAACAACGGACUCUGUUCGGGAUGCUGCAGAGGGAGGAGGGAAGAGGAAGGAUGGGGGAUGUUAGAGAGGUGUAUGAGCAUGACAUAGAACGAUUAUACAAUGGUAAAAUGAGAGAAGAAAUACGAAGCCAGUACAUGAAAGUGUAUGGCCAGCUUCUUCACUUCCCUUCCUCCUUUCACCCAUCCUUUCAUCCACCCUUUCCUCCCUCUGUUUUCUCUGUGGCUUGACUGCAGCUUUGGACAGCCAAAACUUUUUUUAUUCUCAGCUGAAAGACGCAAUUGAUCAUUUAUAUGUUCCAGAGUGUUCUAAAGCCCGAGUGUAAAGCCCCCUUUCCCUCCUCCACAUUCAUUCAUUCAUGACCUCUAUUAACAUAAGCUUUGAAGAAUGUUUCUUGAAGAACUGCUCCCCUCCCAUUUACUGUGGCUUUAUUUGUAGUUUUUUUUUUCCAUGCUUGACAUCAACUGCACUGAUUUUGGAUCAGCCUCUAUCCCAAAGCCAAACCAGAAUUUUUACAGGGGAAAUACUCAACUCUGAUCACAAAAUCAGGUGCUUGGGACACAUUUGCAUUCCCUGUAAAGCUGUGUUUUAUAGUUCUCAUAAUAAUUAUUGGCUUUUAGGAAACUCUGAUACCAAGACAGUUUGUUAUUGUCUGGUGUCGAAGUCCUCUACCACACAACCCAUGUGCGGUACAAAAAGUACAACCCAGCCUCACUCCCAACUCGUCAAAUUCCAGUCAGUGGCCUGUUGGCAUCAGACACCGACCCACAGAGGCACCCUUGAGCAUGAAGACUAUGAGAUGCCCCAGGUGGCAUAAUUUUCUGAUGCUCUGGGCAACUGCUAUAUUAUAAAGUAGGAGAGAGUCAACGUAGGGCAGGUGCGAGUGGAUGGGUCAAACAAACUUGGGACUUUCAGUCAGGAGCCAGCUAUCUUUGUCCCAUGUGAAAUGAAAAGUCAAAUUUAGGGGCCCACGAUAAAUGGUCCUGCAAUGCAAUUAUUCACAUUCACAUUUUAACUGUAUCGUAAACUAUAUGUAGUUUACUUUAUAUUAACAUUUGACUGUUUUAAUUAUUGAAGUAUUUAGCAUGACAGAUACUUGUGGUCCGUGGGAUGUGAGGAUUCUUAAAAUAACAACUGUACAGAUGUGAAGCCUUGACUAUAUCUGACAGAUCUUUGAUUAAACCUGUUGUUUUGGGUUUUUUUCCUCUGAAAAUAUUAAUCUUAUAGUCAGACACAAUUUAUUUAGCUUCUGUAGUUAAGGCAACAGCAAACUGAUAUGAUGCUGAUUUACAUGAGAAUUCAUGUAAAAUGGAGGUUGAACCAUGAACAUAAAUUAAAGAG